AUGUUAGACCAUCAACUUUCCCACCUCAGCUUCCCAAAGUGCUGGGAUUACCGGCAUGAGUCACCACGCCCGGCCAAGAAAGACCCAUAUUUUGUUUUGUUUUCUUUUUUGAGAUGGAGUCUUGCUCUGUCGCUCAGGCUGGAGUGCAGUGGCGCAAUCUCUGCUCACUGCAACCUCCACCUCCUGGGUUCAAGCCAUUCUCCUGCCUCAGCCUCCCGAGUAGCUGGGACUACAGGCGCACACCACCACGCCUGGCUAAUUUUUGUAUUUUUAGUACAGACAGGGCCAGACUGGUCACGAACUCCUGACCUCAGGCGAUCCACCCGCCUCAGCCUUCCAAAGUGCUGGAAUUAUAGGCGUGAGCCACCACACCUGGCCACCAGACCCCUAUUAACUUCAGUAGGGAUGGCACCAGGUUCUAGAGGCCAAAAGAGAUCCAGAGCCAGCAAACAAGACUUAGGUUUGAUUGAGGGGAAUUUGCAUACAGAGCAGUCCAGUGGAGGUGGGCUAGAUAGGAGAACUGCCCCACCUGCAGAAAGUAUGCAGUAUAUAUAGCAUUUUCACUUAACACCCUCCCCCUAACAACUUUGAUUUAACCCAAAACAAAGGGGCUCAAUCCCCUGUACAUCCACAGGACAGAAUGGGGGCUCAGAUAUUCCUCAUGGGUAAGUAAUGAAUCUCUGGCUUGUCCUUACUUGGAACUCCUAACACAUUCAGGUGCAUCUGCCAUACAGGGUCAUUCUCAGAGUAUGCUUAAGUUAUUGCUGUCAGGUGCAGCUACCAUACACAGGUGUGUCUGCCAUAUAGCCACAGAAAGCAGGAGUCCUACAGCUGCUCCUCAUGGGUCUCCAUAGACUAGUCUUAGAGCAAGGAUGGGCAGCCAGCCUCCAGGUUUAACCUGGCACUCUCCCCCAGCACUUGGUCCCCAGAGCAGGGGUCCAUCUCUCCCACUUCUGGUCAACCCUUCAGUAACAAGUAGAGCCCCCAGGGUCUUCAUGAAUGUCUAGUUGAACUGGCUAAAGAAAAGGGCCCUGUAACAGGACAGAACACCAGGAGCCUGAACCCCGCAUCUUCUACCCUUAUCCUGCAUUUAUCCUGCCUGCAUUCAAGCCUGUCCAGCUGCACCACUGGAGGUUACCAUGGCAACUAAACCCAGAGGCAGCCCGUAACUGAGAUACAGCUGCCAAGAGCAACUGAUGGUGGAAAAGGCCAACAGCAGAGACUCUUAGAAGGAAGAGAAGUACACAGGAGGAGGCCCCAGAACCCUGAGGGUGCUACACUCAAAUCUAAUCCUACUCACAACUCAGCAGGCAGUCAACGUCUUGCACAAACUGCCAUAUCACCAACCAGAGGCAUAGAUAUGGACACAAUGGGGCCAAUUUGCAGAGAUGUUUGCAACUAUGGAUGCAGAGUAGCACAGGUGGGACACAUGUUGUUUAGCCCAAAAGCAACGGGUCUUGGUGAAAACGAAAAUGGGUAGGGUACCAUUGCUGUUUCCAAUAAAACAAUGAAUUUUG